AUGGAAGUGACGGUGGAUUACUACCGAGGGUUGCCUGUGAUAGAAGUGCCGUUACCAUCACGACACGAGAGAUGUCGUUUUACCCUUCGCCCCAUUUCCAACACGGUGGGAGAUUUUUUGGAGAUGCUGAAGGUCGAGGAUAAGGGGAUCGACCGGGUGGCUGCUUACACCCCAGAUGGCGUCAAGAUUGCAUCCUCUACCACCAUCGAGGCUCUCAUGGAGUCGCAUUUCCUCUUGGUCGUCAACGACAUGCAGCAUCAGGUUCACACCCCCGAGAAGGAGAGACUCACUCAAGAGCAGAUGCUGUCGCUGUCGGACGUGAGAAACCUGGUGUCUCAGCUCUACGAAUCCCUUCACGUGGAGCAGCAUCAAUUGCAGAAGGAGCGGCUCCUCCUUGGGGAAUUGGAGGAACUUCAGACUCAACUUCGACCUCUGGAAGAUGCCCACGCGGAAUUGCUUCGUCGGGCCGAGAUUCGAACGAGUAUUUUCACCUGGAUGGGACUGGGUUAUAUGGCUAUCCAGUUUGGGGUUCUUGCUCGCCUCACCUGGUGGGAAUACUCUUGGGACAUCAUGGAGCCUGUCACCUACUUUGUAACGUAUGCCACUGCUAUGGCUGGUUAUGCCUAUUUCCUCCUCACCAGGCAGGAAUGCAUCUACCCAGAUGCGAGGGAUCGUCAGUUUCUUAAAAUCUUUCACAAAAAGGCCAAUAAGAGUGGCUGGGAUGUCCAGCGCUACAAUGACCUCUGCAACAGCAUCCAUGAAGUUCAACAGGAGCUAUUUCGGAUCAGGGAUCCAAUGCACCUCCAUAUCCCAGCUCAUCAACUUCAUGGGUCUCUCCCAGAGAACUUCCCCAAGCAUGCCAUGAGCAAGACAAGGCUGAAACUCCUUCAGAUCCUCAAAGAUCCUCUUGCUUCAUCUUCAUCCCCGCAAUCAGAAUCUUGAAACCUGUGCU